UUAAUGAAUUCACACUAAUAUUCAUGGAUUCCAUUCCAUAUAUGAUUAUCAUCAAUCUUCUAAUUUCCAACUUUCCUUUUUCUUUCAUCUUCAAUUUUCUCACCUGCCAAUCAUAACUUAAAUUUACACCCCACCAUUGACCAACCCCUCCUUCACCUCCACAAGACUUCAACUUUUCACUUUACAAAAUCUCCCUCAGACAACCGUCUCAAGAUUUCCUUGAUCUCCAUCCUUUCUGGUAAUUCUUGGAGCUGCAUUCUCCUGUUAGUGUACUCCAACUAAUUGUGUAGUGGCUUUUUUCCAUUGUCAACCGGUGUGGGCGUUUUUGCGGUGUACAGCUUGUUUUUAAGCAGUUUGGACUUUGGAGGAUCGGAGAUCGUGGUCGAUGAUAUCGAGAAAGAACAUGGGAAGUGUUUCGCCGCUCCUUCUCAUUACAUUAGUUCUUGGUGUUUGCUUUGCCACAUAUAAUCUUGUAACAAUGGUAAUGCACAAUAGAUCUAUUUCAAAACCGACAAUCUAUUAUAACUCCGAUGGUGGAAUAUUUGUUGAUCCCAUCAUUGAGAUGCCUGAAAGUGUGAGGAAAUUGAAGCGUGCCAAAAUGCCUUUCCAUGUUGCCUUAACUGCCACUGAUGCUCCCUACAGCAAAUGGCAGUGUCGUAUCAUGUACUAUUGGUAUAAGAAGCAGAAGGACUUACCUGGGUCGGAGAUGGGAGGUUUCACUCGUAUUUUACACUCUGGGAAUCCUGACAAUUUGAUGAACGAGAUUCCUACCGUCAUAGUCGAUCCUCUUCCAGCAGGGCUUGAUCGGGGAUACAUCGUCUUAAAUCGACCAUGGGCUUUUGUGCAAUGGCUGGAAAAGGCUACAAUUGAAGAAGAAUACGUAUUGAUGGCAGAGCCUGACCACAUUUUUGUCACUCCCCUACCUAAUCUAGCACAUGGAGGAUACCCGGCUGCAUUCCCCUUUUUCUACAUUAAGCCGGAUCAGAACGAAAAGUUGUUAAGGAAGUUUUUCCCGGAGGAGAUGGGACCGGUGACAAAUAUAGAUCCAAUCGGCAAUUCACCCGUCAUUAUCAAGAAGGAAUUAUUGGAAAAAAUCGCUCCUACUUGGAUGAAUGUUUCUUUAAAAAUGAAGGACGAUCCCGAGACUGAUAAAACUUUUGGAUGGGUGCUAGAAAUGUAUGCUUAUGCUGUGGCAUCGGCUUUGCAUGGCGUGCAACAUAUACUUCAAAAAGACUUCAUGCUUCAGCCACCUUGGGAUCUGGAAAUAGGGAAAAAGUACAUAAUUCAUUACACCUAUGGAUGUGACUACAACAUGAAGGGUGAAUUAACAUAUGGUAAAAUCGGUGAGUGGCGAUUUGACAAGAGAUCGUUUCUACGAGGACCACCACCACGAAAUCUCCCCUUGCCUCCUCCAGGGGUCCCAGAAAGUGUGGUGACGCUUGUGAAGAUGGUGAACGAAGCAACGGCUAACAUUCCAAACUGGGACGCGGAAUAAACGUCCGAUAAUAGGUUAAGGAAGGAAAAUUGAAGUAGGAAUAUACCCUUUAGCUGAAUUGAAACAUGAAAGAAAUAUGAAGUUGUAAUAGUGUGAUAAAGCAUUCAACAAAAUUUUUUUUGAAGAGUAAAAGAGUUGAAUAUCAAUACGGUUUGUGAAAUAGAGAUGACAAAAACUCUUUGCUACAGGAAUUAAGUUUGAACUUUAAAAAUAAAA